GCAGAGUAGGACAGAGUAACGAUCGUCAGCCCCCAAGCGUGGCGCAGGCUAGACAGCACACGCCAAGAUGUCGUCACUCGUCGUUCUGCCUCUUUGAUCGAGCUCUUUUGUCAGCUCCUCCUUUCGGUCUCUGCCCAGCUAGACUCAGAUGAAUUUUGCUUGGCGGUCUAACCCUCGCGAUGAGUGCUGAAAGUCAUCAGAAUGACCCUCACGGAGGUGAUGGGUCGGAAAAAGCUGCGUAUACAUUAUACCUACCGCGAGAGAGCAGUCAGAAUGCUCCACCGAUUUCUGUCGAUCCGGACCAAGUUGACAUCGCAGACGAUGAGACACAGACCCAGGCUGAAGUAACAGACGAUGGACGGGUCGACAUCGUCCUGAACGAACGUGCAAAUUGUCUGUCAAAUUUCUUCGAUUCAACUCUGCAACCGCAACAAUCCGCAGACAAACCACCCGUGUCGCAAUCCCAGCAGCAUGAGUCAUCUCCCCUUUCACCUCUUGCACUCAACGUCGUCAUCCACGUCGUCGGGUCAAGAGGCGACGUGCAGCCAUUUGUGGCGCUGGGAAAGGUUCUUCGCGACCGGUAUGGCCAUCGCAUUAGGAUUGCGACCCACGCCAAGUUCCAGAAGUUGGUUGAGUCCAAUGGCCUGGAGUUCUUCAAUAUCGGCGGUGACCCAGAGCAGCUGAUGGCGUUUAUGGUCAAGAAUCCAAGCCUGGUGCCGGAUCUGAGUGUUGCGAAUGUGACGGAUAUUCGACGCAGAAGGAGAGAGAUGGGUUUGAUAUUAGACGGGUGCUGGAGGUCUUGUUUCGAGCCAGGAAACGGACUCGAAGGCGGAGAGGGCGAGGGUGACAGCGAUGGGGACAUCAGCAUACGGCCAUUCAUCGCGGACGCUAUCAUCGCCAAUCCACCGAGCUUUGCGCAUAUCCAUUGCGCGGAGAAGCUGGGUGUUCCAUUGCAUAUCAUGUUCACAAUGCCGUGGUCACCCACUUCGUCUUUCCCACACCCCCUAGCCAACAUCCGAUCCUCCAACAUCAGCUCCGCAAAGUCGAACCUGGUCAGCUACUCACUAGUCGAAAUGCUCACCUGGCAGGGCCUCGGCGACGUGGUGAACAACUUCCGCGAGUACACACUUGGCCUAGCACCUCUCUCCACCCUGACCGCCACGGGACUGCUCGCCCGUCUCAAGGUCCCGCAAACGUACUGCUGGUCCCCAGCACUCAUUUCCAAACCUUCCGACUGGGCUAGUCAUAUCUCGAUCAGCGGAUUUUGCUUCCUGGCGGCGGGCGAGUCGUACGAGCCUGAGCCUGGGUUGAAAGCGUUUCUGGACGCCGGACCAAUGCCGAUAUACAUCGGAUUCGGGAGCAUUGUGGUUGACGACCCGAUCGCUAUGACAAGGCUACUGUUUGAGGCCGUCAGGAAAAGUGGACAGCGCGCGCUUAUUUCCAAGGGAUGGGGUGGGCUAGGAGAGAACGAUGCUGUUGGUGUACCGGAUGGUGUUUAUCUACUCGGAAACUGCCCGCACGACUGGCUCUUCCAGAAGGUCUCUUGUGUUAUUCACCACGGCGGUGCUGGCACUACUGCCGCGGGAAUCGCUCUCGGAAAGCCGACCAUCAUUGUGCCGUUCUUUGGAGACCAACCCUUCUGGGGAGAGAUGGUCGCUAAGGCUGGCGCUGGGCCAAGUCCGAUUGAUCAUAAGCUCCUAACAGCGGAUAACCUCGCGGAUGCUAUUUCCAUGGCACUUCAGCCGGAUGUCCAGCGGCGCGCGCAGGAGCUCGGACGCCUAAUCAAGGAGGAAGAUGGAGGUCGAGUGACUGCUGAGUCGUUUCAGGAUCGUCUUGAUAUGAACAACAUGCGGUGCAGUAUGCAUCCAUCCGAGAAGGCCGUGUGGAAGGUCAAGAGAAGUCCGUUCAAUCUGAGCGCUACGGCUGCAAUGGUACUGGCGCAUGAAGGACUGAUAGACUUGAGUCAAUUGCGACCGGUUCGUACGAAGGAGUAUCAGACGACAGGUGACCCGGUCGAUCCAUUCACAGGCGGAGCCAUUGCUUUAAUGGGCUCCAUUGGAAGCAUCGGAGUUGCAAUCGUUGACAUGCCACGCCAGGUUGUCAAAUCCAUAUUGGAGACAGAUAGAUCGAAGCAAAGCCCCCGAUCGGGAUCCAACCCUUCCACCAGCGAUCUUCCAGCACCAUCAAACGAGACCAGUGAUCAAAACGUCGACGACCGUCGACAAAGCGAUAAAGAAACCGUCGUCCCAGCGAACAACGAUCCAUCGGAUCUCGUUGUUGACGACCCACGACAAGAAGGUGUCGAAAGACUGCGCGGUGGCAAGAAAUCGUCGUCCAAGACGUUUAAAUACGGACUUUUCAAAGAAGUCUCCGGCCAAGACGACAUCGCAGCCCGCAGAUCCAAAGCCUCGGACGCGAUAUACCGACAAGCCCCAGAGCCGCGGGACUCGGUCGCGUCCGAUGCCGCCCGAGGCGCAGGAAAGGGGAUGGGUCGCAUUCUCGGACGAGGCUUCCGCAGCCCGUUGGACUUCACCAUGGGAAUCUCCAAGGGGUUUCGGAACAUUCCGAAAAUGUAUGGCGAUACUACUUCCCGCGAGGUCGACCAGGUGACGGGGUUCCAUAGUGGGCUGAGGACAGCCGGCAAGGAACUUGGUUUGGGAUUCUACAAUGGUAUCACCGGGAUCUUCACGCAGCCUAUUCGAGGACUGAAGCAGGAGGGGUUCAGCGGGUUCGUGAAGGGGAUAGGGAAAGGUGUAGGCGGUGUUGUCUUCAAACCUGGUGCUGCAAUCUGGGCCAUCCCAGCAUACACCUUCCAGGGUGUGUACGAAGAAGUGCAAAAAUACUUCGGCAGCGGACUGGCAAGCUACAUUGCCACGACACGGUACAUGGAAGGAAAGCUUGGGGCGGAUAGACUUACCGAAGACGAGCGCCAACAGAUCGUCCAACGAUGGCUCAGUCGCGAGCAAAGAGAGCAUGAUCUCAUCGAGUGGUGGCGGGCGUCGCAACGACGGCGUCGGGAGAGGUUGUCUAGGGGUCACUCUAUGUCGACCUCCUCGUCUACUGAACUGGAUCCUGGUUUUGCUGGAAGGGGACCACCGCCAGAGCUGCCACCACGGAAUGAAAAUAGGGAUAGUUAUGGAAUCAUAAACUCGGGUGAGACAACAGAGAGAGACGCCAUUCUCGUACCCGAGUUGGAUGGGACAGCUGCGUUGUCCGACCGAUCCUCUCAUGGUGGAUUUGACUCUGGAGCACCACCUGCCUAUGAUCAGGGCACGUCAAGGCAGCAUGAAGAGUUUGACCAAAUCUCAGAAGAAGAGCAGAUGAGAAAGGCCUUGGAGCUCUCUCUAUUAUCAGAGGCCGAACGCCAAUCGCAGCUCGAGCAAAGCCAAAGAGAAGAAGAGAUUGUCAUGGAGUACAUGAGAAAGGCCAGUCUGGCUGAAGCUGAAAUGAAGGAGAAAAUGAAGUCUGGUCACUAGCCGGUUCAACACGAAUCAUGAGAGGUUAUUAAUGUAAUAUUCACAAUGGUCUAGAUGCAUAUCACCAAACAUUAUCAUACAGGGUCAAUUAUAC